AGAAUUCUCCCCUUCCCUCGUGUACUCUGACACCGGCAGAUAUCCACAGUCCAGCCUCGCUCGUUCGUACUCUUUAUCCCACCGUCUCAGUUUGGCUGCCUAUCUUUCCCAGUCAUUUUUCCCUCCCCCGCAGCCACAGAGUUUUGCUGCCGCCUCGUCAUAUACAAUCGGAUGCCUCUAGAAGCUGGGCUCCCAGGUCCAGGGCAAAACUUGAAUAAAAGAUUCCAAACGGACCUGAAGUCAGUUCAACAGUUUGGGUGAAGAGGACGCCUGUCAGUUCAACACCAGGCAGUCACCAGAACAAGCUCACCAUGCUGUAGUAAAAGGCGGCAAGCUGGCUAACAGCUAGGAAGCACUCCAAACCUUUUCACACUCUACGAUCCCAGAAAUAUUUGAUUUUGUCUACCCUCCCUGCAAAAAUGCCAGUGCUAAUUUUGGCACUGCAUCACCAGUGGUGACAGGACACUAGUGGACCGUCAGGUAGACCACAGGGUCGUUUCGGGUACAAGCACAUCAGGAGGCAAUUUCAGGUGGGCGUGGUCACAUCAUGCGGCCCUGGGCCGGUUCAUGGCGUUGGAUCACCCUGGUGCUAUUAGCCUGGGGCACGCUGCUCUUCUACAUCGGUGGCCAUUUGGUGAGGGACAGUGAGCACCCGGAGCGCUCCAGCCGAGAGCUUUCCAAAAUUCUGGCCAAGUUGGAGCGACUCAAGCAGCAGAAUGAAGACCUGCGGCGUAUGGCUGAAUCGCUCAGGGUACCAGAGGGUCAAGCAGAGGUUGGCUCCUUGGCUGCGGGGAGACUGCGCUCGCUGGAAGAUCAGCUGACCCGAGCCAAGCAGAAGAUCCACACUUUCCAGAAGCUAACAGGAGAUGGCCCUGGGCCCACUCAGGAAGAGCUGCGCCGGAGAGUGGACAAUGGUGUCAAGGAGUUUUGGUACUUUGUUCGCAGUGAGGUGAAGAAACUGGCCAACACUGAGGUCAGCGAGAGGCAAAAAUAUGCUGAAACACUCCUGAUUGAUUUGGGAAACCAGGAAAGGUCCAUCAUGACAGACCUGUACUACCUCAGCCAAGCAGAUGGAGUGGGCGAAUGGAGGAUGAAGGAGGCCAAAGACCUGUCGGAUCUGGUCCAGAACAGAAUCACCUAUUUGCAGAACCCCCCGGACUGCAGUAAGGCCCGGAAGCUGGUGUGCAACAUUAAUAAGGGUUGUGGUUACGGCUGCCAGCUCCAUCAUGUCGUCUACUGCUUCAUGAUCGCGUACGGUACCCAACGCACACUCAUCCUGGAGUCCCACAAUUGGCGCUACGCUCCAAGCGGCUGGGAGAGCGUCUUCCUACCUGUCAGUAACAGCUGUACCGACCGAUCUGGUGCUACUACUGGACACUGGUCAGGUGAAGCCCAUGAUAAGGAUGUCCAGGUUGUGGAGUUGCCAAUAGUGGACAGUCUUCACCCUCGCCCCCCCUACCUGCCUUUGGCCAUCCCUGAGGACCUGGCGCCACGUCUGCACCGCCUGCACGGUGACCCCUCCGUUUGGUGGGUGUCCCAGUUUGUCAAGUAUUUGGUCCGGCCCCAAGCUUGGCUUGAGAAGGAGAUCCAGCAAACUACAGCCAAACUGGGUUUUAAACAUCCCAUCAUUGGCGUCCAUGUUAGGAGGACAGACAAAGUAGGCACAGAGGCAGCCUUCCAUCCUAUAGAAGAGUAUAUGUUGCAUGUAGAAGAGCAGUUCCAACAAUUGGCACGACACGGCCACGUUGACAAGAAACGGGUGUACCUCGCCACAGACGACCCAUCCUUGCUGCAGGAAGCCAAGACAAAGUAUCCCGAUUAUGAGUUCAUCAGCGACAACUCCAUCUCGUGGUCAGCGGGCCUACACAACCGCUACACUGAGAACUCUCUGAGAGGAGUCAUCUUGGACAUUCAUUUUCUUUCCCAGACUGACUUCUUGGUGUGCACUUUCUCCUCACAGGUGUGCCGCGUGGCUUAUGAGAUCAUGCAGACCCUCCAUCCAGACGCUUCGUCCUUCUUCUAUUCUUUGGACGACAUCUACUACUUUGGAGGCCAGAACGCUCACAAUCAGAUCGCCGUGUACCCCCACCAGCCCCGCAACAGCGAGGACAUCCCGCUGGAACCUGGUGACGUGAUCGGCGUGGCCGGCAACCACUGGGACGGUUACUCCAAGGGCAUCAACCGCAAACUGGGCCGCACCGGCCUCUACCCCUCCUACAAGGUCAAAGAAAAGAUCGAGACUGUCAAAUACCCAACGUACCCCGAGGCUGACAAACUGCUCGAGUCCCACAAAAAAUGAAAGGAGGGAGUACAUAAAUAUACAAUUAAAAUAUCGGAAGAGAAGAAAGCCGUAGACUCCGGUUUUCAGGGAAGGAGGCUGUUUUUGUACAGAAGGAAGAGGCCUGCAUAGCACGCUAGAUGAGAAGAAAGGACCUGCACUCAUGCGUGACAGGACUGCACUCAGUAUAUGUUUGUGUGUGUGCGCGUGUGUGUGUGUGCGAGAGCACGAGCGUGUGUAUGGGCGUGUGUGCACUUGUGCUUGUGUCAGGUCACAGAGGACUUGCACCACUACUCCCCUGUCUGACGCGUUCAAGCGGGGUCUGUCGAGUCUGUAGAUUUUAAAUAAACCAAGAAAACAUUUGGAAAAAGGAAAAAACAAACUGUCCCGGGGCAGCGCGGAUCUUUACUGUAAAGACUGAAACCCUCCAUUUUCUCCUAGUUUUGAAAACUGGAGAAACAAGUGUUUAAUUUAAUUUAAGUGGAUUUUGAUUCUCUAUUUGCCUUUUUUUGGUUUGUUUUAUUUUGUCGAAUGAAUGUACUGUAUCCUGUUUUGCCACACUCCAACCCAUGAAGUUCCUUCAAUUUGUCCCACGUGCAAUUAAUUUUAAUAUGCCUGUUGUGCUUUUCCUUUUUUAAUGGUCUUAAUUUUUUAAGUGUGUUGCUCUUGCGUUCUGUACUGUAUCACGUGUUUGUGUGUGCGUGUGAGAUAGAGAGGAUGUGUGUGCUGCUUUCAAGGGGCCAUGUCAGCAACCUGCCUGGUGCCAGCUUCUUUUUCGCCGCCUCCGGCUUAAUUUUGUUUGUGUGUGUGUGCCUGGCAGCGUGGGCAAAAGGGGUCCGCGUGUGUUGUGGGGACAAUGGACAAAUUCAGGCACCCCUUUUGUUAACAAUGGUCAGUUUAUUAGGAUGAUGCACAACAACACACUUGCCAAAUGAAGCACUCCACAGCUGUCUUAUGUUCUUUUUAUGUCCAUCCCUUUAUGUUUGUUUUUAACUUUGCUAUUUAAAAAAAAAAUGAGGGCCAAUGUGUUUUUAGAAACAAUAAUGCUAUGUCUUCUAAAAAUCCAUCUUUCAUGAAUUUUGUUCCUGGGCAUUGUCUUUGAUGACCACACAUCAAAUAAACUUGAGAAACCAAUGUGGGUUUUCUAUUUAAAUUGUUGGAAUUUAAAAACUCGGUAACAAUGUGUGAUGGAUUUGUGCUCUUUUUUUGUUUACACCGGGUGCCUCUUUUGAUAAUACCCACUCAUUUUUACGCAGGCACGCGAUGGGCAGUGGCGGAGUAUUGGGGGACUGACCAUUAAAUUGGUACUAUAUUUUGACAUUAACUAUCUCCCAGCAAGUUGGUUUCUCCAUUUUGAGAGCUAUUAAAUAUUUCAAGAGGGCGAGUUGUAUUACUUGUUUUACUUUUCUUAUAGACAAGUUUCCGAGGUGCUUCUGCUUUACUCAUGGUACCCGCGGGUUAUUAAAAGUAUUAAAAAAGCAUUGAAUUUAGUUUUCUAUUAUUAAAGGUAUGAAAAGUAUUAAAUUAGCUGUUGUAGGUCUGGAAUUUUUUUCACCGUGGUCUUAAUUUUCAAGAACAUCUCAGUAAAUUAUAUCCGUGACGAAGUUUUGUUUUUUUAAUCCAUAACGAAGAUGACGCAUAAAAUUUUUACGAUGCACUGCACUACAAAUCGAAAUGCAACUCGUGCGUACCAAACCACCACAACCGGCAAAACGGAGAAUCCACCAGCCUCUGCAUCGGGAAUGGGUCCGUUUGUCGGUGGAACGAAAACGCUGCAGACAGAAGUAUUGUGGAUUCUGAACACCAAACAGACCACCAUUCAUAUACUUCAAAUGAGUCCAUUGGUGAUCUGUUUUGGAUAUUACGUCAUUUUUGGUCGGCAUCGGCUGUCACAAUGUUGGUCAUAUUGCGUUCUGUUCGAGAGGGAGCCUUCCCUAUGUCGUAACUGUCUUUUGUAACGAAUUUUCAGUUGGCAGAAAAAAAAAUAAAACGCACCUUUUAAAUAUUCUACAUAUUUUUAUGACCAUUAUAAAUGCAUGUACACAGUGAAAUGACGCUGGAAAAAAGUUUGUUAAACAUAAUGUUGGUCAAAUCGUGUUUUUUUAUGGAGGGAGCAUUCACGACUUCGUAACUGCAGCCAAUUUAAGCUCAUCAAGACCUUCAGAUAGAUGUAAAAUCCGGCCUAAAAAAUCCAGCCCGACCCAAACUGGUCCGCGGCUAUUAAAGGCCGACCCGCGUUUUGUGUGAUAACAUUUGUGACGAUGUCUGCAUGAAAGCCUGUCUUUAGUAACGAAUUUUCAGUUGGCAGAAAAAAAAAACCGCACAUUUUCUUAAUGUUUAAAUAUUCUACAUAUUUUUAUGAUCAUUAUAAAUGCAUUUGCACAAUGAAAUAACGCUGGAAAAAAGUUUGUUAAACAUAAUGUUGGUCAAAUCGUGUUUUUUUCCGGAGGGAGCAUUCACGACUUCGUAACUGCAGCCAAGUUAAGCUCAUCAAGACCUUAAGAUAGAUGUAAAAUCCGGCCUAAAAAAUCCAGCCUGACCCAAACUGGUCCGCGGCUAUUAAAGGCCGACCCGCGUUUUGUGUGAUAACAUUUGUGACGAUGUCUGCAUGAAAGCCUGUCUUUAGUAACGAAUUUUCAGUUGGCAGGAAAAAAAAACGCGCAUUUUCUUAAUGUUUAAAUAUUCUACAUAUUUUUAUGAUCAUUAUAAAUGCAUUUACACAAUGAAAUAACGCUGGAAAAAAGUUUGUUAAACAUAAUGUUGGUCAAAUCGUGUUUUUUUCCAGAGAGAGCAUUCCCGACUGCGUAACUGCAGCCAAUUUAAGCUCAUCAAGACCUUAAGAUAGAGGUAAAAUCGGGCCUAAAAAAUCCAGCCCGACCCGAACUGGUCCGCAGGUAUUAAAGGCCGACCCGCAUUUUGUGUGAUAACAUUUGUGACGAUAUCUGCAUAAAAGCCUGUCUUUUGUAACGAAUUCUCAGUUGGCAGAAAAAAAAAAAAAACGCUCGUUUUCUUAAUGUUUAAAUAGACAACAUAUUUUUAUGAUCAUUAUAAAUUUAUUUACACAACAAAAUAACGCUGGAAAAAUGUGUUAAAUAUAAUUAAACAGAUGCGGUCUUCCGGACUCGCAGAGGGGAAGAUUAAAAAGGGCGUAUAGGCACGCUCUGGCUCUGAAAUGACCAUACAGCGCCUUCUUUUUUUAUCCAAAUUAUUUAUUUUAUAACAAGUUUUCCUUAGUUUAUCAUUCAUACAUUGUUAAUAUAUAGUUAUUUCAAAAAGUUAGCGAGAAAGAACCCUGGCCCGGCCCAACGUAAUAAUUGACAUUUUAAUUUUGGUCAUGUUUUUAGUUUAAUUUAGCUGUUUCCAGCUUGCUAUGUUUAUAAUUGCGAUGUUUGUUUACCGCUUUUCCUCUUACUGCGAAGAGGGAGGAAGUUACAUCGGCCGCUGCUAUGAUAUUUAAGUCAUCAGCCAUCUGCUGUGACCCGGGAAUUUAACGCCUGCUUUCACGCACACUGCUUCCCACGUCAGUCGACACAGGAAAUUGUUUUCACACACAACUGCUGGACGGUUAAGUCCCGCGAUAUUCCCGUUGUUUUUGAGUAUGUGAUAGGGGCUCAAGUUACAUCCAGAUACUUUAGGUUGCAGUUUAUGGGUCAUGCGAAGGCAGUGGACCUGCUUAAACAUUUCGGUUUGCCUUUCGAAUGAAUGUGAAUUUCGCUGUUUUAACUCAAGAGUUAGCCAUGUUCACUGGGGUCUUGGCAGGUGCACUAGCGGCUAGCCUUUUACAGAAGAUGGCUGGUCUGAGUCCUGUCCUCCUCCUCUUUUUGUCCAUAAUUAUUGUGUGCGUGUGUGUGUUUAAAAAAUUCUGACAGACUUUAUAAUGUUACUUUAAAUGUGUUUUAAUUGUACCUUCAAUAUCUGUGCAUUCUUUUGUCAAACACACUUAGUAAUUGAGGUUAAAUUUGAU